GAAAAGAAAGGAGAGAGUCAAGAACCUACCCAACAGAAAAAUGUUUUUCUAAAUGCAACUACAGAUGCGAUUAGUUUUAAUUUGUGAAUUGGCUACAAGAGAAUCAGCCUCAACUAAUAGAAGUUUCUUUCCAUGUAGUAAAGAAGAUCUGGCUGGACACAUGGCAAACAAAUUUAAACUCACUGAUAAAUUUGAGAAUUGGUUAUACCCGUUCCAGAGAAUCAUCCACUAGAGAAUGCUAAGUCAUGGAUCCUGUUAAAUUCAAGGCUUCAUUCGGGUGAGCAUGAUCAAAGUCUCAACAUGCCAGAGUAUCUAACUGUGUGGAACCAAGUUCUGUUCCAAGAAGUGAAUCAUUCAUCAGACCCCAUCCAAAUAAAUCAGCAAAUGAUUAACAUAUACAAAGUAAUACUUCAGAGUCCAAUUAAGUGGUAGUUAGUUUCUGAAAUUGGUGGGUAAGUUCUGAUCAAAAUCUGAGGAUAUACUGACAUCAGAAAAAGAUUAAAAACAAGCACGGAAAGCUAACAAAUUAGGAGCUCCAUAACAAAAGGAAUUUUAAUAUUACUAAAUAAUUCCUUUAAAUAAAACCUCACAUGCUUUUUACGAUUAAUUCAGCAUUAUUAAUCCAUCUGACAGAGAAAGUGGAAGUAAGCACAUAAAGUCAAGGAAGUCUCCAAAAGAAACCUCUGAAAGAAGAGUGGAGCAACAUUAGCGCACGUGGCACAGGUGACUGGUCACGCCGCCAGGCCCUGCCUCUGGACCAGGCAGUGUGGAAGGAAGCAUUUGCUGGGAAACAAUGACCAGGACCCAAAAGAGAAAGACUGUUCUCCCCCACCAUCUCCAUCAGUCUUUCCCCCCACAACUGGGAUGGGGCAUGAUUUUCUACUUAAAACCAAAAAGCAAGGAGGAGUGCACAUCUGUCUCGGGCGUGCUUCCAGUCUUUCACUUCAGCCCACAGCGCUCUGCACAUCUCAAGAACCAAUAUUUGAAAAAGGCCGCUUCAAACCUUACCUUCUCUCAGGAGGUGGUGCAGCAGCGAGGGCUGCCCAACAUUCCUUACAGCCAAUACAGCUUUGACCAUCUCUACAAGGCAGACGGCAUCAUCCAGCCUCCCCAUAUCAGGAAGACCCGACCUGAAAAACCUGUCCAUUUCAAGGUCUUGGAUUCUUCGGGUCCCUCAGCAAGGGUCGCCUCCCAGACUGUGAGGACAGAAAGCGCUGCCAAUCUAAUGAAGCUGAAGAAAUCAAGGUCAGCACGCACAGUCCAGGAAACAACACGCCCUCUCAUCUUUCGUCCCUGCAGGGAUCCCGAUAUGCUGAGUCUGUCACUUUCUUUAGAUGUGAACCUAGAGGAGAGGGAAGCCUGGCUUCCCCCUCCUGAGAAGGAGGCCAGAGUCUGGGAGGCCAUCGUGCUGGAAAAGCUGAACAAGCGCACGGCCCGGUGGAUCCAGAACAAGCGUUCUCUAAGGCCUGUGGCAUCUCCCAACAAGUGGCAGAACUACUUGCACCAGCAAUAUGACUGGAGCCACAUCCGGGAUGAGCUCACUUCUGCCAGUGACCUGGAGCUCCUGAAACAGCUGGAGGAAGAAGAGAUAGCAGAUUUUGAGCAUCAAAGUAUCAUCCUGCCCACUCAGGAAAAAAAGGAGCCAGAGCUGCUGCUUUCUACUUAUUAUAGAUUGCCCAAUCACUUGCCACAAGUGCAGAGAUUUAAAAUUAUGCCUGGCAACAGUAAGACCACUGAGGAUAUCGACGGUAACGGGAGCAUCUGCCAGCCCCCAAAUCAAAGCUGCUUCCGACAGGUGAAUCCCAGAGCUGGAAAGUUUGCUUACUCCACAGACAACAUCUUUGAACAGGAGAUUUACUUUGAUAAAGUCCAGGUCAUCCACCGGAUUGGUGCAAAGAGAGAUCAAAUUUUCCUGGAAAACCUCAACCAGUACGACAAGCAGCUAUCGAAGGUCUUCCCUGAAACCCCAGAAAGGUGGACUUCCCAGCCAAUUCCUGUAGCACCUUGCAGGCCUGUGAAAGGAGCCCUGCGCUGGACUGCCUUGCCCACCCCGGCCAAGCAUCUGCUGCUGCAGGUGGGUGAGGAGGAUGUGUCUAGUAAGAGCAGGAAACUGAAGACGCAGGCAGAAUCGAUGAAGGAAGAUGUGGCUUGGAAACUGGUGGUCCUGCGGAGGAUGCUAAAGGAAUGGAAGACUGCCUGGGGUCUAAUCAUCGAGUGGCACUAUAAGACAAUAGAAGGUUUGCUGCGGAGCUUGGCGGAUAUACAUGAUGAUAUUCGGAUCCAAGCCAUUGUCACAUGUGCCACAGCUGCUUUAGAACGGCCCCGGAUUGCUAUCAGCCAGGGGGACUCAGCCCCGCCGAUCCAGGACUUGCCAGAGGUCCUACAGCCCGCCCUGGAGGCUGCUCUUUGUGACAAGAAUGUCAAUGUGCAGGUGGCAGCCGCGCUAUGCCAAUACGCUCUACAGUCACAUAAUCCCCGUGCCCGGGACAUCAUGCAGACUGUCCUUUCGAAGGGUGACAGCGUAAAUAGCUGGGCUGCAGCUCAGUGCUUGGCUCUGGAAGGUGCUGCCACUUACCCCGUGAUUAAGAAGAUCCUCCAUCAGAUGUUUAACAAGAAGGACGAGGACACUGAGCAGCAGUCCUGCCUGCUCCUGAGCCAUCUCAGUGGGAAGACAACCCUAAUUCACACCAUGCUUGCUGUGGAGCUGAACAGCCAUCAAUGGAAGGACCGGAUUAUGGCCUGCCGGGCUCUCUCGCGGAUCUGUGGAAAUGUCUGUUUGGAUAUAAAACAUAAGUUGAUCCAGCUGAUGUGGAGUGACUGGAGUAAGGACGUAAGACAAGCAGCUGCCCAAGCUCUGGGGCAAAUGAGUCUUGGGAAAGAGGUGCAUGACAUGAUCAGAAUCAAGCUGGGUCAAGGAAAUUCCCAAGAGCGUGUGGAAGCCCUGUCCCUGAUUGGUGCGCUUAAGCUCAUGACCGCCAAGCUUCUGCCAAGCUUCCUGGACUGCUUCUCUGAUGACUUCAUGGCAGUUCGGCGGGCAGCCUGUUUGGCAGCAGGUGCCCUGCAGAUCCGUAAUACGAUGGUUCUUAAAUGCCUUCUGAAUCUGAUACAGAGAGAUCCUUACUGGAAAAUCAAGGCCUUUGCCAUUCGAGCUUUGGGACAGAUUGGCCAAGUGAGUCCCCAGCUGACAGACGUCCUGCUCUGGGCUAUCCACUAUGAAAAGUCACCAGGUGUGCGACUAGAAGCUUGCCGUAGCAUCCUAGCCCUCAAACUUCAAGGGGAUCGGGUCAGGGACACCUUCCUAGACGUGCUGCUCCUAGAAAACCAUGAUGCUGUUGUAAAGGAAAUUCACCAGGCAAUGAAGGUACUUAACUUAGAAGAUGAAGGAAACCAAGAAAUGCAUCAGAAGAUCAAGAACAGGAUUCAAACACUAAACCAAAAGGACUUGCUGACGCAGAAAAUAUUCAAGAUUGAGUCAGAAAUAAGAAAAGUGAAGGAGGAAGCAAAACAUGUUUACUUGCAACCCAAAGAAGGGCAAAAACCACUGAAACUCCAUACUUUUCUUCAAACAACUUUUCAGGAUGAGGUGGUGGUUCCUAGAAGACCAUCUGAACUCUGUGACAUUGAAGCAGUCUUAAAGCCUGUGAGGCCCCGCACACCGAAUCCCUGGUUACAGAGUCCAGUCCUCAGCCUGAACAUACGAAGCAGAGGUCACUCAUCACUUGUCAAAGAUCUACGCACCACCCGGGAAAAAAGGAUUGCAAUGGGACCAUUUGGAUCUGACAGCCCAGAUCUCCAGUUGGGUAAAUACUCAGAAGUUUUUUCCAGGGUCACGUCCUCCUCUUCCCCUAGAAAGAAAGGUGAUGAUUUCUAGGAUGAGCCCUUCUCUUGCUUCAAGACAAAGGCAGCAGUAAACCCAGUCACAUUCUGUCUCUUUAAUUGAUAUUAUAUAAUCUCUUUGUCAUUAUGUUAAUAAAGAAAUAUCUAUUUAACAGUAGACUUGGUUUUUUAAAGUGCACCAUUUACACAGAGGGUUAAAGACAUCACAUUAGGUGAUAGAGCAUAUUUUUCCAUACCCCAGAAAAAUCAUGUACUAAAUAUUAUAGGUCAGAGCUCCAAGUUUUACUAGCAUAGAAAAAUCAAAAGAUCCAGCAUCUUUUGCAAGCUAUAUCCAAACUAGACUCCCAUUUGUCUAGGAAAGAAACAGCUUAAGUAAAUUUUUUUUAUCCAUAAGACUAGUCUUACUUUGGAGCAGGUUCUUUAAAUGUAGCUCACCGGCAAUGAGGAAGCCAUGUCACUGGACUGUUACAAGAAAACCAAGCCAGCACAGUCAUUUUCCUCCUCGU